AGUGGAAAAAAUAUUUCUCUUCAGAAAAACUAAAUGAUACGUCAUGUAGACUUUAAUUUUUUUUAGGUUUCUUUGGAAGUAUAUUUGGAUUAAUGGGUGUAUACAUUUAUGAUGGAGAACUGGUAUCAAAGAAUGGAUUUUUUCAGGGAUAUAACCGACUGACCUGGAUAGUAGUUGUUCUUCAGGCACUUGGAGGCCUUGUAAUAGCUGCUGUUAUUAAGUAUGCAGAUAAUAUUUUAAAAGGAUUUGCAACCUCUUUAUCGAUAAUAUUAUCAACAUUGAUCUCCUAUUUUUGGCUUCAAGAUUUUGUGCCAACCAGUGUCUUUUUCCUUGGAGCCAUCCUUGUAAUAACAGCUACUUUUUUAUAUGGUUAUGAUCCCAAACCUGCAGGAAAUCCCACUAAAGCAUAGUUGUAUACUAUCUUUAACUGGUUUUUCACGAUGGUGCACUAGGAAUCUCGACAUUAAUCUUGCACAGAGGACUUCUACAGAGUCUGUGAAGAUAUCAUCAUGCUGAAUCUGAUCAUACUGUUUUUUAAAAAGUUUAAGGAUAAAAUAUGUGUAUAUGUAACAAAACACAUUGCAUCUAGAAAUCAAAACUUGAAAGUAUUUCCAGGGAUUAGAAUUAGAAGGAAUAUUAGAGAAAACUUGAAAUCUGAGUUUAAAAAGAUUUUACCUUUUUGAUUGCUGCAGAAAUGUCCUAUGCACUCUUUGCAAGAGCACACAACAAAUGUCAGAUAUCAAUUUUUGCAAAUUAGAUUUAAUGUUAUUAAGUGUUUUUAUCUUACUCUUUCUGUACAGAUAUAUCAAAUCACAUGAAAUAUUUAAAGUUUGAAAAUUAUAAUUACCUAUAAAGCUGUGAAAAAAUAGAAGUAUAAUUUGAAAAAACAUUUCACUUAUCGGAGAUUUUUAUAUUUAUGCAAAAGAUUACUAAAUGAAGGAUGGCUAAAUGUUUUUUGUUCAAUUACAUAAAAAUUAAUAAAGUAAUAUUCUGGGUCUGAUUUGUCAGAGAAUAAAUAUCAUAUCUAAAUUUAAUGUAGAGAUACAUACUAUUUCUCCAUAUGAAUUUUAAGAUAUUUUAGUGCUUCAAGACUGCUGAAAGCAAUCCAGUUGCUCCUGUGCUAGCCAGAGAAUUUUAUAGUAAUGGGAGGUUAGCCCCUAAUCUCUUCAUUGCAUUUCAUUUCUGUAAAUCAGAUUAAAUCCUUAAUAUUAUUUUAAAUUAAAAUUUGUAAUUGCCAUUAAAUUUUCAAAAUGUAAUUUAAAAGGAUUACUCAUUUAAUAAUUUGAAAUAAUUAUUGUAUCAUAUCCACAUUUGGAGAGUUUUGAAUUAUCAAGCAUAUACUGUAUAUAGUUAGAAAGUUAUUAAAUGAACAUUUUACUCAUU